AGAAUCAAAACCUCAAGUUUUAUAUGUUAACUAUUUUUAAAAUAAACUGAUCUUGUAUUGUAAAUUUACUUUAAUGUUUGAUGAUUGCUGAUUAAAUAAUCUACUUUAAACAUGGUAAAACCUGACAUGAUUAAAACUUUCUGAUGAAAGUCUUUUCGUAUAUUAUUAGCUUGUGAAAGUGAGAAUCUUUAUUUUAAAAUCCUUAACCAUAAGCCUGACUUUGACUAAUAUUUUUGUCAAACCAUUCAAACUGUUUAAUCCUCUCAAAGUUCAGUUUGUCAAAGUAUUCAAUCUGUUCAACGUUUACAACCAUGGAGAGCUGCAAUCAAAGGGAUCGAAGCAGAAGAGAAACAAAUAGGAAACGUUGGAUUCCCUAGUGUGAACUGUUACAUCAUCUUUUGGUCUUUUGUUUUACAAGGUUAUUACAAGGCACCCGUUACAAAGUAGAUUGUAAUUCAAUAAUACGAUGAAUUCCCAGGAUGCCUCUCAAAGUGUGACUGAAUCAACUGCAAGUCGUCAUUUCAUUGAAGGAGUUAUUGGAUUUAUUGCUGGUUCAUUAGGAGGAUCAGCUAGUGUUUUUGUUGGCCAGCCUUUGGAUACUGUAAAAGUCAAAUUACAAACAUUCCCUCAUCUUUACAAUAACGGUUUACAAUGUUUCAAGAAAACACUAAAAAAUGAAGGUUUUUUUCGAGGUCUCUACGCCGGAACAUUCCCUGCUUUGGCAGCCAAUAUUGCUGAAAAUUCAGUUCUUUUCUGUGCUCAUGGUUUUUGUCAAAAAGGUGUUACAUAUUUGUCUGGAAAUGAAGGUGCACCAAAACCACUAGAAAACGCAAUUGCUGGAUUUUUCGCUGCUUUUUUCUCAUCAUUCACUCUCUGUCCGACUGAACUUAUAAAAUGUCGUUUACAAUCUUUAAAGGAAACUGGUCAAAGUGGUAAAGUCACUGCUUUCGGAAUGACUCGUCAAAUACUUAAAGAUGAAGGUCUAAUUGGGAUGUUCAGAGGUUUAACACCGACCUUCGCCCGAGAAAUGCCUGGUUAUUUCUUUUUCUUUGGUGGCUAUGAAUUUUCCAGGCAUUUGCUUACAGAUGGUAAACCAGAGACUGCAGGACUCCUAACAACAGUCACUGCUGGCGGAUUCGGUGGAUUAUGUCUUUGGACAUCAAUAUUUCCCUUUGAUGUUGCCAAAUCUCGCAUGCAGAUUGAACCUACCGACGAAUCGAUGUCCAAAGUCAUGAUAAGAAUUUAUCGCACAAAUGGAUUCAGAGCGUUAUAUAAAGGAUUAGGUCCAACAUUGCUCAGAACUUUCCCUGCUACAGGUGCUUUAUUCGUUGCUGUUGAAUAUUCAAAAAGCUUUAUGUCUUCCGGUGCUCAUAGUAUUGGAUGGUUAUAAUUUAUAACUUAUAAAUUAAUAUUCGUUAUAUACCAAGUUUACAUGUAAAGUUUGUUUUUAAUACAUGGUAUAAUUUCUUGGUGCACUCA